AUGUCUACAAACAAAAAACGUAAAAUUGAAGAGGAAAAUAGAGGAUUUAGAACUGGAAAUGAAAGAAAAACAGCAGUGGCCGAGUUGAUUCGUAAAUCUCAACAAUCGACAUCUAAAUUUAAUAACUGGUUGCAGUCGGCGUCUAAUUUGACUGCAGCUAGGUUUGUUGUAUCUCACGAAAUCAUGAAAUCUGGAAAACCGUUCACUGAUGGAGAAUAUAUUAAAAAAUGUUUUAUUGGUAUGUCAGAACAUCUCUUUUCUGAAUUUAAAAAUAAAACAGAAAUAAUCAAUAAAAUAAAGGAUAUUCCGUUGUCGGCAACUACUGUUCGUGAUAGAGCUGUUAGAAUGGCUGAAAAUGUCACAGAACAACAGUUUUCCGAUCUGAAGUCAUCACCUGUAUUUUCCUUAGCUUGUGAUGAAUCAUGUGACGUUAAAAACAUUGCUCAACUCACUUUAAUGGGACGAUAUGUUUCGUCUACGGGUGUUCAUGAAGAAUUACUGGGUUUACUAUCGCUCAAAGGACAAACUCGAGGAGAGGACAUUUGCGCUGCAAUUACAAAAUUUUGUAAAGAGAAAGAAAUCAAUUUAGAUAAGCUGAUAUCUCUUUGCACUGAUUUAUCACCAAAUAUGGUUGGUAAAUAUAAAGGAUUUGUUACUCUUUUUGGCCAAAAUUUGAAACAUGAACUACUAUCUUUUCAUUGUAUUGUUCAUCAAGAAGCUUUAUGUGCUCAAACAUUUCCAGUUGAAAUUAACCAAGUCAUGGCACUAUUUCGUGCAUUACUUGAUGAAGUUAAUGCCCGAUACAAGGAUCUUCUAAUGUUCAAUAAUGUACGUUGGUUAUCGAGAGGGGCUGUUUUGAAGCGCUUUACAGAUUGUUUCGAACACAUAAAAGAUUUUUUAACGAAUAAAGGCAUCAACUACCCCGAAUUGUGCGAUGAUAUGUGGCUACAAAAAUUGUAUUUUGCUGUAGAUUUGACUUCAUCUCUAAAUCACUUAAAUAAAAAGCUUCAAGGUAAGGGAAAUACUGCACAUACACUACUGGAAACUGUUCUUUCUUUCGAACAACAACUUCAGCUUUUUUCAGAAGAUAUUGAGAGCGGAAAUCUUGAUCAUUUUGAAUCUUUGAAAGAGUACACGGAAAGCUCAGGUUGUAUUAUUGAUUUGGAGUAUUUUAAAUUGGCCAUUCAAUCCAUGAAAAAUUCGUUUAGUAGACGUUUUGAAGAUUUUCGAAAAUAUAAAUCUACGUUGAAGUUCUUGACAUCACCACUCAUAGCGGAUACUGGACAAAUUAAUUUUCCAUCGUUUCCAUCUGUCGACAAAAGACUAUUUUCAUUGCAAUUAAUAGAACUAAAAACCAAAGAUCUUUGGUCUACAAAAUUUGAGAAUUUGAAAACGGAUAUUGAAAAUCUGGAAAGGGAAAAAGGAUUUUUAGCUGCGAACCAUAAAUGGACGGAACUCGCUAAAUGUCAAAAAGAAGAGCAAGUUAUAUUUGACGUAUGGAAUAGUCUUCCCGAAAGUUUCAGCCAAUUAAAAAUGGUCGCUUUCGGAAUUUUCACCAUUUUUGGAUCUACUUACAUUUGUGAGCAAACAUUUUCAAACAUGAACUUUAUUAAGAAUAAAUUAAGAAAUCAACUGAAUGAUAUCAGCCUUGAUGCUUGUUUGAAGUUGAAAACUACAGACUACUUUCCAGAAUUGAAUAAGCUGUCUGGAGAAAUUCAGUGUCAAAAAUCCCACUAA